AUGGUGUUCAAUUUUCUCAAGAACUCCUUAUUGCUACGGCCCCUCGAGGAUUGGCUCACGUCUCAGCUGCUGGCCAGCCGGUCGUUUCACAAGAUGGUCGGGAGCAUCCACCGCACCGUUCAUCAGAUUAAGAAUGGCGUGCCACCAGAGCCGCGGCACACGGAAACCGAGGAGCCUGGCCCUCGUGGGGACUCAUUCUUCGAGUACUUCAAGGAAGAAAUCAAAGACCAAAUGAGAGGGAAACCUCCCAAAAAGCUUUGA